CUCGUUGAGCCCAUGUGAGCGGGUUAACAUCAUAUUGAAGAACAUAAUUUCCGGUUAUUUUAACUUUUUGUACUCUAAUUCAAACUCACCCUACUAACUUUUCUCUCCUUUCCGUUAAACGAAAACGGAUAUCCACACAUACAAGUCACUUACUUCGUCCCUAACAAUGUCUGGUCCACGAACGCUACCUCCGGCUGAAUUGCUUGAUGAAAAGCAGGUGAAUCGACUUGCUGGCUUGUCUACCCACGUUCCAACCCUCUAUUCAAGGGAGAGAGCCCAUCUUCCGGGGUCAUUUUCUUCGCCGCAACAACGGCAGCAGCCUUCUGCCUCUGCUCACCGGGCGUCCACCGUGUCGUCUUCUGGUCCGGAUGUUCUGCAUGACGACAGUACUGACAAUUUGGAGAACGGGAAAGCUAGCUGGCGGCGGGAUCAGCCACCAAACGCUUCCGAACAACUUGAUUGGCGUCAGACGAACGCUAAGAGCGAUUUUGAAGUUCCAGCUGGGCCAACUCGACCAAAACAAAAGGAAGGUGUAGCUUCAACAACGUCUGCAUCGAGCGGUUUGGGCGAUUCACUGCGAUCGUCAAACUUGGACAAGUACUUAGUUACGAGCAGUACACCUUCCUCUACUUCAAAGGAAGAACGCGAUGAUUAUGCCGAUGACGAUGAAAACGAGGGUUAUCGAGGCGUCGAGUACUACCGGACAGAGGAAAGCGCGACGCCUCUGUUAAGGAAUGACCAAGGAGCAGAGUUCGCUGGCAGAGGCCGUCGGAUUUCUCACGUCGACACUUCUUCAGCUUCUGCGACGCCCGCAAACGAGGAAACAGAUGAGGUGGGCGAGCUGUCUUCUGCAAACCACGAGACCUCUGUUCACAACAACAAUUAUGAGUUUAAUAAGCAAACUCUCUACAGUUGGCCGGAGCCGAAGAAACUAGGCCCGAGUAGUGAAGCUGUUUCGAGCCUUUCGACGAAGUCGCUGCGUGACGAGGAACUGGUUAUGCCGAAUAAAGGUGGUCAUAUGCCUUCUACCUCGUCUAAGAGGGAAACUCCUCUGCCACACGACGCAUCGUCCAUUGAUGUAAACCUUCAGCAGGUGGUGGAAAUUGCACCUGAAUUUGAAGGAGUACGUGAGCCUUCUGCGCAAAGCAAGGCUUCCUGGCACGACACUCGACAAGAUUUUUCACCAACUAUUCUUGAGGAUAAUGUCUAUCAUAAUGCACAUGACGGUACAAUCGUGACUACGGAUGAGCCCAUCACCAAUCUGGAAGAACACCAGGAGACUGUCUUGAAACGUUCUUUCAUUCCGGGCACAACGCAGUAUGCUGCUGCGGAAGACAAUGCAGAGCAUGCCUUGGACGCCGUAAAGGCCACAGAACCUGUCCUUGUUGAAGACAGUAUGAAAGUUUCUGCAGCCCAUCGUCCCUCUCUGUCCGCGGCGGUUGAAGAUGAGCCUGCAUUUGCGAAGGCGAAAUCAGUUCCACCUGCUGUUUCUCCCGAGGGUUCCAUUCUACAGGAUGUCUCCGUCGUCGAUAGUAACACUCCUGAACCAUUCAGCGCAACUCAGAAUAGCGCUGGAGUGAAGUAUGUGUCAGAAUUACGCAGCGGCAAACGUCAGUCGCCUACGGAGCAGCAAUCUUCGUCUGUUACGUCUUCCCCACAGUCGCCACAGUCGCAACAAGUAUAUGAACCUAACAUUGUCACUGAGGGACGUCAAUUACAUCCAGGCCAAGAUAGUUCUUCUACAACUGCGGAAUCUAAUCGAGACCAGUUUGUUUCCAAACAACAACACAACACGCUUUCGCCUAUAGAAAGCCCCAAACAACAUUUACCUCGAGAAAGAAGAUCUUCUGUUUUGGUGAACGAAACAGUAAGUGAAGAAACAUCAUCUGAAAUGUCUGCUAUGCGUACUACAGAUGCACCAUUAACUGGUGCAACGGCUGCACAUGGUUCCGGGUUAACGGACACUCUUGGACAGUCCGAGAACUUUGCUGCACAGGCCAAGAAGGAGUACAAAAACUACCAAAACGCGAAGAAGGUGAAUAAGAUGCUUCCAGGAAGCACGACCGAUAAAAUGAAAAUGAUGAACCGUGUGAACAAAGCUACAGGCGGUAACGCUGUGCCCGGGUUGUCCAAUGCUACCUUAGGAGGUGACGAAGUAUCCUCCAGUAAGGGUUUCUUCUCCAAGAUCAAGAAGAUGUUUCAUCAUUAGUUGAUCUUCAGCCCGGCUUAGUUUCAACGCACGUUUAAAAAAAUUAAUGAGAUGGAAGAUGUCUACUUUUUUGUACCAAUUAUUAUUACAAGGAGGUCAAUGAAAACGACUUGGCCGACUUGCUCGCCUUUAUUUACUCGUAGUGUAAUCGUUUACCUAAUGAAUGGAUUCUGAAACGAUAAAUGGAAAGAAGUAUAUAUUCAGGAAGGGGAUUAUUGUGGUAUACUUUGUGU